ACAAAAGUGAAACGGUGAGUUUAGAAGUGAGUUUUUCAUUAGGUUUUAUGGAGCUGAAGCGUCCAUGUAAACUGUGAGCUUCGAUCAUCUUCAUCUCUGGGAGGAAAGGCAGAAUCAAAUCCAAUAACACAAAAACAUAAAAGGAAUAUUAUCCCCAAUUCACAACCAUGACUGACCACGUGCAGGAGCAGGAGAUGGAAAUUGAAGCCCUGGAAGCAAUACUUAUGGAUGAAUUCAAAGAAAUUCACUCUGGUGAGAGUGGGCUAAGCACCUCGAAUAGGUGCUUCCAAAUAACAUUAUCCCCUCAGGAUGAUGACGCAGAUCAGUCAACCACCAGACCAGUUCAGCUGGCUUUGAUUUUCUCGCAUACGGAAAAAUAUCCAGAUGAGCCUCCACUUCUGAAUGUAAAAAGUAUACGGGGAAUACAUACCAGUGACCUCAAAGUUUUGAAAGAGAAGCUUGAACAGGAGGCAUCUGAAAAUCUUGGAAUGGCUAUGAUUUACACUUUGGUUACAACAGCCAAGGAAUGGCUAUCUGAAAGAUAUGGCCAAGAUGCUGAUGCUGACAAUGCUGAAGAAGAAGAAUCAACAAAAGAUGAGGUAAUUGUACCACAUGGAGAACCUGUUACUGUUGAUACAUUUUUGGCAUGGAGAGAAAGGUUUGAGGCAGAGUUGGCACUAGAGCGAGCUAAGCUAAUGCCUGAGUCUGCUCUCACGGCACCCAAAGAGAAGAAGCUCACAGGCAGGCAGUGGUUUGAAAGUGGAAGAGCUACUGUGAAAGGUGGAGCUCCUGUCACUGAAGGAUCUGACGAGGAAGACGAGGAAGAUAUUGAUUUUGAUGAUGAUGAUUUUGAAGAUGAUGAAGAAGAUAUGCUUGAGCACUAUCUGGCUGAGAAGUCUGAUUCAUCCUCUCACUCUUCAAAGAGAACUGCCUAAAAGAAAGUCUUGCAGUUUGAAAAUUAAAUAUUUUUUAUGGACUUCUGGCAGUGGAAGUUUGCCCUUUCUGCUAAUAUAUCGUGUAUUUUGGCCCACUUUUAUUCUUGACGCUUGAUGGCGAGUGGGAGUCAUAGUUUCAUGAUUAGAAACUUCUUCUCAUUUUAAUUUUUAAGUAUAAUAGCAAGAUGGCAUUGAUUGAAGGAAAACAAUUUAUGUUGUAACAUUAGUUUCUGUUUAAAUCACCACCUCUAAUGUAAAUGCACCAAUUUUGCCUAAUAUUUAAAGAGUCUGCUCAUCUUGGGCCUAUCUUUUUGGUCUGUACUGUCACAUUAAAAUUAUGUAACUCAAUACAUAACCAGAACAACAACUCCUAGGAAAGAAAAGGGUGCAUGAUAUUCAGGAAUCAUAUCGUUUUCUUGA